UCUCACUUACGCAUUCCACCCAUCUUCAAAGUCCAUUCACAACCCACCCUCUUCUUCUGUCACCCCCAUCAUGCGAUCACCCCAAAACUACCACCUCCAUCUCUACCUCCUCUUCUUCCUCUUCCUCCUCUCCCACGCCGCCGCAGCCGACGAGCUUCAACUCCUGCUAAAACUCAAAUCCUCCCUCCAAGACUCCAACACCCAACUCUUCUCCACAUGGGACUCCACCGCCAGCUCGGUCUGCUCCUUCACCGGAAUCACCUGCAACGAGGUUGGUUCGGUUCGAGAAAUCGAGCUCUCCAACAAGAAGCUAUCGGGGUCUCUCCCUUUGGACUCCAUAUGUCAACUUCCAUCGUUGGAAAAGCUCGCUUUCGGGUCCAACUUCCUGCACGGGACGAUCAAGGAGGACUUGAGAAACUGCACGAAUUUGAAGUACCUGGAUUUGGGGAAUAACUUGUUCGCGGUUCCAUUCCCGGACAUAUCUUCCUUGUCCAAACUUGAGCAUCUUCAUUUGAACGGAAGCACGCUUUCCGGGAUAUUCCCGUGGACUUCUCUCACCAACAUGACUGGUCUGAUUCGUUUGAGCUUGGGUGACAACCCCUUCGAUCCCAGCCCGUUUCCAAAGGAAGUAGUCAAUCUUAAAAAGCUCGAGUGGCUAUACUUGGCCAACUGCAGUAUCCAAGGAACAAUACCAAACGAAAUCGGGAACUUGGUCGAUCUUAUCAACCUGGAAUUGUCCGAUAACAAUAUGACAGGAGAAAUUCCGGCAGAGAUUGGACAGCUCACCAAACUCUGGCAGCUGGAGCUCUACAACAACGCCUUCACCGGAAAGCUUCCUUUGGGUCUAAGAAACCUCACCAAUCUCGAGAGCUUCGAUGCCUCUGAGAAUCAUCUAGAAGGAGAAUUGAACGAGUUGGCGUUCCUGACCAAUUUGGUUUCUCUGCAGCUCUAUACCAACAAUUUUUCAGGCGGAAUACCGGAAGAAUUUGGCGAAUUUAAGAGGCUUGUGAAUUUUUCUUUGUACGGGAACAAGCUCACCGGUCCUCUGCCACAGAAACUGGGGUCUUGGUCGGAGAUGAACUUCAUCGACGUGUCGGAGAAUUUCCUGACCGGGACUAUUCCACCAGACAUGUGCAAGAGAGGGACGAUGAAUCAGCUGCUCAUGCUUCAGAACAAGUUGACUGGUGAGAUACCGGCCAGCUAUGCCAAGUGCACGACGUUGACCCGGUUCAGGGUCAGCGACAACUCGCUCUCCGGUGUGGUUCCGGCUGGACUGUGGGGAUUGCCGAACGUGACAAUCAUUGACAUCUCUUCGAAUCACUUUGAAGGUUCGAUUACUUCCGAUAUCGGAAACGCCAAUAAUCUUGCGCAGUUGCUUCUAAGUUACAAUCGCUUAUCUGGUGAAUUACCGGACGAGCUUUCGGAGACAAGUUCGUUAGUUUCGGUUCAGUUGAAUAACAAUCAGUUUUCUGGUAAGAUUCCAAAGAAGAUAGGGGACUUGAAGCAAUUGGGUACCCUGUAUUUACAGAGCAACUUGUUGUCUUCUUCGAUUCCCAAGUCAUUAGGAAGCUGUAGUUUUCUGAGUGAUUUGAACAUGGCAAACAACUCUCUCUCUGGUGAAAUUCCAUCAUCUUUAGGCUCUUUGCCGACCUUGAAUUCUCUAAAUUUGUCUCAGAACGAACUCUCUGGUAAAAUCCCAGAAGGUCUAGCAUCUCUGAGACUAAGCAUACUUGAUCUCUCGCACAACAGGCUGACUGGUGCUGUGCCAAAAUCUCUCUCCAUCGCAGCCUACAACGGCAGCUUUUUCGGUAACCGGGGUCUAUGCAGCAUGGACAUCACUUACUUCCCACGGUGUCCGCCGGAAAAGGAAUUGUCCGAUGAUGUCAGAACACUCAUUAUUUGCUUCUCAAUAGGUACAGCAAUACUGUUUGUUUCACUCAUUUCCUUCGUGUUCUUAAAGAAGAAGGAGAAGGAUCAAGACCGUUCAUUGAAAGAAGAAACUUGGGAUGUAAAGUCCUUCCAUGUAAUAACCUUCAGUGAGGGUGAGAUUCUUGAUUCCAUUACUCAAGAGAAUCUAAUCGGAAAAGGAGGUUCUGGAAAUGUCUACAAAGUGUCACUUUCUAAUGGCAGAGACCUCGCCGUGAAGCACAUAUGGAACACUGAUCCAAGUGGCGGGAAAAAGUCCAAGAGCACCACACCUAUGCUUGGCGGCAGACGUAGCAGUGGUAGUUCGAAAUCAAAGGAAUUCGACGCUGAAGUGCAGACUCUGAGCUCAAUAAGGCAUGUGAAUGUGGUGAAGCUGUUCUGCAGCAUUACUAGUGAGGACUCGAGCUUGUUGGUCUACGAGUACUUACCGAAUGGAAGCUUGUGGGAUCGGCUGCACAUGUGUGAGAAGAUGAAGCUUGAUUGGGAUACAAGGUACGAGAUUGCAGUCGGAGCAGCCAAAGGGUUGGAGUAUCUACACCAUGGCUGUGAGAGGCUAGUGAUUCAUAGAGAUGUCAAGUCGAGCAACAUUUUGUUAGAUGAGUUCUUGAAGCCCCGGAUUGCGGAUUUUGGUCUUGCCAAGAUUGUUCAGACUAAUGGAAUCAACGACUCGACUCAUGUUGUUGCUGGAACACACGGUUACAUAGCUCCUGAAUAUGGUUACACCUACAAGGUGAAUGAGAAGAGCGAUGUAUAUAGCUUCGGGGUAGUACUAAUGGAGCUAGUGACUGGGAAAAAGCCGAUAGAUCCAUCCUUUGGGGACAACAAAGAUAUAGUGAACUGGAUAUGUGACAACCUGAAGAGUAGAGAGAGUGUGUUAGGUGUGGUGGACUCGUAUAUUCCUGAGGCUUAUACGGAAGAGGCUAUCAAGGUAUUGAGAAUUGCGAUUCUAUGCACAGCUAGGCUUCCAGAGCUAAGACCUUCGAUGAGAAGUGUCGUUCAAAUGCUCGAAGAAGCUCACGAGCCAAUGAAGUUGCUGGGAAUUGUUAUCAGCAAAGAUGGUUCUAGUAAGAAAAUGGCAUUACGGAAGGGAAGAGAGAAGUGAAAAUCAAAAUUGGACCAUACUCGGGCACGGAAGGCAACUCGAUCCGUGUCUCCAACUCUCCAUGGUUAUAAAUAUUUUCUACUCAAAGUUGGAAAUACUAUAUAUGCACCAUAUAUAUGACAAUUGAGAAUAGCCUCUAACUGUAUAAUAAUAUGUAGAGCCACCAGAAAUCCAGAAUCAUGUAUGAUUGGUAAUUUUGUUAAUACAUAAUGGUGGCCAAGGCUGUAUUUUUGUACCAUGUAUCAUAUAUGUAUCUAGUUUCCAGUGCCUGCUUGAGAGGAAAGCUAGCUAGUAAAAUAUUGGUAUUGGAAAAAUUGGAGAACAGCCAAGUUUUAGACCU